AUGGAAUCUGUGGAUAUAAACGGCCUUUCUCUCAAAACUAGAUCCUCAAAUUAUUUUUCAUUUAAUCAACCUUGGAAUACUUGCCCUGUCGUCAAGAGCGAAGAGCCUUCUUCACCGCUUUAUGGAGGAAACUCGAUACGGGAGCAACCAUAUCGAGGUGACAAUGUUCCUUUUGCAUUGAAUGGAAUGCAACGAGUUGAAACAAGUUACUCAGACGCUUAUCACUUUGAAUCAACUCAGAUCCCUCCUCACUAUACUCACUGUCCAGAGUGUGUCAAUUGUGGACGUGCCAAUUCAAGAUAUUGGGCUUACGAUAAAGGUGGGAAUCCACUCUGUAUUGACUGUUCGAAGCAAAUGUGUUCGAGACAUACCACUGCUCAAAACGGUCUCCCCGCUUCGAUGCCCAGGCAAUUCAAAAAAAAAAUCGACCGUCUCCCACCACACUUCAAUGUGAAAAAUGGGACCAUUUGCAGCAAUUGUCAGACGUCGAAAACGUCGCUUUGGCGUAGAGCUCCAGAAGGCGAUAUUGUAUGCAAUGCUUGUGGACUCUAUCGUAAAAUGCACGGGCGGCAACGGCCUUUGACAAUGCGAAAGGAUUCCAUUCAAACCCGGAAACGCCGUUCAUUAAAGAAGCAUUCAAAUGAUCCAAAUGAGCACCGACAGUCGAACGUAUCCGAUAAAUCACUUGUGCCUCAAAAACUCAGUAUCCCAUUAAAUAAUUAUCAAGACAGGCUAAACAUUAACCAGGACUUUCAAGCCGCGUUUGGACCACAACAUAACUUCAAAUCUCACAAUCUAUCAUUCGGUGAAAUGCCUCAAGAAUCAUUCCCUACUUGGUACCCUGAAUCCUUCGAAAUACCCCAACCGGUUCAGCCGAGAUUUUCUGAUGCUUUCUAUUCACAUUUUCAAACUCCCCAUUUUCCAACAGAAAAUGGCAAUUACCCGUCGUAA